CGCACGCACGCACGCACACACACACACACACAAACACUUAUACCUACCUUUGGGGUCAGUGGUACAGAAGCAACAGUAAAGGACAGAAUCUUCAUCAACACACCUGUCCUCUGGUCACCUCUGCAGCUCGGAGCAGACAAAAUGACAAAGGAUUAUUCUGGGUUCCCCUUAGUUAGGAAUGUGUUUAACAAUGGCACGGUGGCACUCAACAACCCGGCCGAUAUCUCCGUCAUUGUGAUCUACUUUUUGGUUGUCUUGGCAGUCGGAGUAUGGGCUAUGGUGAGCACAAACCGAGCCACAGUAGGGGGAUUCUUCCUGGCAGGAAGAAGCAUGGUGUGGUGGCCUAUUGGGGCAUCUCUCUUUGCCAGCAACAUUGGCAGUGGGCAUUUUGUCGGCAUUGCAGGGACUGCGGCUGCAGCUGGAAUUGCCAUUGGUGGAUUUGAAUGGAAUGCCCUUGUGGUGGUGAUCCUUCUUGGAUGGCUCUUUGUGCCCAUUUACAUCAAAGCUGGGGUCGUGACCAUGCCAGAGUACUUGAAGAAGAGGUUCGGAGGGCAGCGCAUCCGCAUCUAUCUCUCAGUGCUCUCACUCUUCCUCUAUGUCUUCACUAAGAUCUCAGCGGAUAUGUUCUCUGGAGCCAUCUUUAUUAACCAGGCUCUGGGGCUGAAUAUCUACCUAGCUGUGGUUCUCCUACUAAGUAUCACUGCUCUAUACACAGUCACAGGUGGACUGGCUGCAGUGAUCUACACAGACACUUUGCAGACAAUCAUCAUGGUCGUGGGAUCUUUCAUCCUCAUGGGUUAUGCCUUCGAUCAGGUGGGAGGUUAUGAGAACUUCCAGGAGCGCUACAUGAUGGCCAUGCCUACUCGGACUGGGGUCAACAUCAGUAAGAGAUGCUACACCCCUAGGCCUGACUCCUUCCACAUCUUCAGGGACGCGGUGACAGGGGACCUGCCUUGGCCAGGCCUGGUGUUUGGUCUCACUGUCCAGGCCACCUGGUAUUGGUGCACUGAUCAGGUGAUUGUCCAGCGCUGUCUAUCUGCCAAAAGUCUGUCUCAUGUCAAGGCUGGAUGCAUUCUGUGUGGCUACCUGAAGCUGUUGCCCAUGUUCGUCAUGGUCUUCCCUGGCAUGAUCAGCCGAAUCCUCUACCCAGAUGAGGUGGCGUGUGUGGACCCAGAUGAGUGCCAGACGUACUGUGGUGCCAGCGUGGGCUGCACCAACAUCGCCUAUCCCAAACUAGUGGUAGACCUCAUGCCAAAUGGUCUGCGAGGCCUGAUGCUGUCGGUGAUGAUGGCGUCUCUGAUGAGCUCCCUGACCUCCAUCUUCAACAGUGCCAGCACCCUGUUCACCAUGGACAUCUACACCAAGAUACGCAGCUCUGCCUCCGAGAAGGAACUCAUGAUCGCUGGGAGGGUAUUUAUCCUGGUUCUGAUCGGGGUGAGUAUAGCGUGGAUCCCUGUGGUCCAGUCUGCUCAGAGCGGCCAGCUCUUUGACUACAUCCAGUCCAUCACCAGCUACCUGACCCCGCCCAUCGCAGCCACCUUCAUGCUCGCCAUCUUCUGUAAGCGUGUCAACGAGCCGGGUGUGUUCUAUGGGCUUAUGAUAGGCCUGGCCAUUGGCCUAUCCAGGAUGAUCGCUGAGUUUGCCUAUGGGACGGGCAGCUGUGUGGCCCCUACUAACUGUCCUGAGAUCAUCUGUGGAGUCCACUACCUCUACUUCUCCAUCAUUCUGUUUUGCAUUUCGUGCUUGGUGAUACUCACCAUCUCCCUCAUGACCAAACCCAUUGAAGACAAACAUUUGUACCGGUUGUGCUGGAAGCUGAGGAACCACACAGAGGAGAGGUUGGAUCUGGAGAUAGAUGAUUGGACAGAAAACCAAGAAUCAGACUAUAUGGAUAUUGAAGAUCCCACAGAGGAGCCAGGCUGUUGUAAGAAGGCAGUGUUGAACUUCUGUGGUUUGGAAAAGUCGAAUGCUCCCGCGCUGAGUGCUGAGGAGCAGGCUGAGCUGCAGAGGAAACUCACAGACACAUCAGAGAAACCCCUGUGGAGGAAUGUGGUCAAUGCCAAUGGCAUUAUCCUCCUGUGUGUCUGUGUCUUCUUCCACGGUUUCUACGGUUAAACAUCUCCUCAUCCUGGACCUCCACUGCCCUAGAGUCUGGACUGUCUAACCAUAAACUUGAGUAGUCUCGUCUUUCAACCCUGAAAUCCCCCCCAGACUCACAGGCCCACGAUGCACUGUACAUGGCAACUUCUCUUACACACCCUCCCUCUAUCCAUCAUCUGGGGGCCUGAACUGUUUUAUCCAAAACCCCUGUAACGUGGUCAAUGCUACGACCGCCUUGGCUUCAAGAUACCCUGCUCCAUACCUGUAUGACUGUCCUAGACCCUAUCUGGGAGUCACAAAACUCCUUUGUUAGGUGUUCUUUGCUUUGUGGACUUUUACAUGUUGUGUAUGUAUGAUGAAUGUGUAAUGAUGAUAGUAAUGAGGAUGAUGAUGUUGAAUAGGACUUAGUGUCCAAUGGUAUCCAAUGUUUCUUUCUGCCCUUCAUGAAGUUACUGUAGUUUGGUAUAUUGCAACCACUAGGUGGAGCUGCAGUAUGAAUAAACUUAAGAUUGAACAGUAUCAUUACCAAGGUAACACUGUACGGCCAGUGGAUUUAAUGGCAAUGAGACAUAAAAUGUAAUGUAAUCAAGCCUGGUUUUUGUGACGUUCUAUCAAAGACAACAUUUUUUUGCCAUAUUUUUUUUUUUUUCUAGCUGUCAUUUCGUUUUGCUACGUGCUAAUGAAUGAUAUCUCAAGGAUGGAAGGAGCAGGGAAUCUUCUAAUUAUUACUGGAGUAAUAAUUCACUCAACACACACGCACGCACGCACACACACACACGACCCCCUGCUUGUCACAACACUAAGUGCACCUGAAGGACCAACAAUGUAAAAGGCCACGGCCAAGGUUGGUUUACACUCUGUUAGUGUAAGUAUACCUGUUGCAAGAAGUAUACCCUAACCCUAGACUGGUAUUAGAGUUGUUCCAUGUAAUUUCAGCAAACCAUGACACCCACCAUCUCUGUUUCUAACUAAAGAAAUUGUUAAUUUAGUUAGAAACAGAUAAAAGCAUUCCUGCAACUUUAAGUUGUUGAAAACGAUUUGAACUCUAAAAUUAAGUCUUGAUUGCACAAAAAUUGGCCAUUUUAAUUUAUAGAAUUCAUAUAAUAUUAAAUAAAUACAGUACCCAACAUCUGAUUUAUACCAAACCUCUUCCUAACAAUGAUACAGACGCGAAUAAUCCAAAUAAAUGGUCAAAACCCAACCAGAGACACCCCAAACCCCACAUCAAGCCAACCCCAACGGCCAGUGGGGUUCUACUAAGCUAAUACAAUGGAAGUCGGAAGUUUACAUACACUUAG